AUGGCCUCAGCAUCUCCGAGGGUAAUUGAGGAGGAGGUCGAAAGUCAUACCCUUGCUGGAGAUGGUAAUAGAGAAUGGGGAAAGCCAGUUGCACAGGCAUCAGGAGAGCCUACACAGCCUAUAACAACCCCCACCUACACAGUCUGCACAGAAAUCCCCUAUGGGGCGGUGGAUUUCAAGGGAAUGAAAGAGGAUGAUCCUGCCACUGCUGAACAAUGUUUAGAGAUAACAGAAAGGAUUUUUCGGUGUGGGGCCACAGAUCACUACCAGAAAGAUUGCCCCCAGAGGGAUAUUUCUACUACACUGGCACAAUCUGAGAGACUUGCCCCUAUAGCUCAAAAGGGUAGUAGACCUUGUAGAAUAAAGGCGGCUAGCAGUUCACAAAAAGUUGCUUCUGCGACUGUGGAAAGGCUAGAGGCUAGGGCACCAGCGCUUGCAUAUGCCAUGAGAGCACAAGAAGAACAAGAUGUACUAGAUGUGAUCAAGGGCACCUUCUCACUCUAUGAAUUGCUUAUUCAUGCAUUGAUAGACCCAGGAUCCACACAUUCCUAUAUUUGCAUUGCCUUGCCUGUGAGAAAGGGAAUUCAAAUAGAUGAGAUUGACCAAGAUAUCCUAGUCAUUAACUCUUUAGGCCACAGUGUAGUGGUAAAUAAGGUCUACAAGUGUUGUCCUUCAAGGAUUCAAGAGUAUGAGUUCUCGGCAGACCUUAUUGAACUACCCUUCCAUGAGUUUGAUGUAAUCUUGGGGAUGGACUGGCUAUCACGUCACCAAGUAAUAGUUGAUUAUUGA